GAAAAUGCCGCGAUCGCCAUUGGUCCGAAAGAUCACGUGACGUGCUCGGGUCUCAGGAGGUCCGCCUUCAUUGCGAGGAUUCUCGUCCAAGCCACAUGCAGCCGCAUGGAAAUAAUAACGUGUCGUUUCUUUAAAAUCCUGGGCAUUUCAAGAUAUUGUCGAUCCUACAAAUUUAUUUAAAGAAAGCUUUCGUGACUCGGCGUCACCGAAGAAGGCUCUCAUUAUCCUGUCGAUAACCGACGCAAUGUACGGCCUCAUCUUCGAGAACCUGAGCCAAUACGUGUGUGCCGUAUAUGGUGCCAAUCGUUGGGACGAAAUUCGUCGAAGGUCCCACGUCGACCAAUCCACCUUCAGCACGCACGAAGUGUACCCGGAUAGCUACAUACCCAAAAUGGUAUCCAAAGCGUGCAAGAUAUUGGAUCUAAGCGAGAAAGAAUUCCUGGAAGGCAUGGGAGUCUAUUUUGUGUCCUUCCUAGCACAAUACGGGUACGACCGUGUCCUAUCCGUACUAGGCCGUCACAUGCGGGAUUUCCUCAAUGGACUGGACAAUUUACACGAGUAUCUCAAGUUUAGCUACCCUCGCAUGAAAGCUCCCUCGUUCUUUUGUGAAGACGAGUCCUCAACGGGUCUCACACUCCACUAUCGCAGUACACGCAGGGGAUACCUGUGGUAUACUGUCGGACAAAUCAAGGAAGUUGGUCAUCAUUUCUACCAGACGGACGUCAAAGUGGACGUCCUCAAGGAAGAAUCCAUCUUCAACACCUUACAUGUGAUCAUGAGGCUCAACUUUGACAAUGUCGCCUACAAACCACAGGCUCUGAGACGGUGGGACACGACCUUGCCUAUAUCCAUGGAGUUUCUCACCCAUAUUGUUACGGGUCAACAACCCGUCAAGGUAGAAGCGCUUCUUCCAGUGCGAGCCUACAUCUUCCUCGAAAUUUUCCCUUUCUGCCUGAUUUUUGACGAGAAGCUCAUCAUUACCAACAUAGGCAACAGCCUUCAGGCAGUCAUGGCAACAGUAGUUGGAAAACGAAUCCCAGAGGUGUUUGACCUGACAAAGCCUCUGGUCGAGUGCUCAUGGAAAGCUAUCAUUGGUCACACAAACAACGUGUUCGAGCUCACCUCUCUGGAAGCUGUAAAAGGAAAGGACAACAAUGACUUGACAAGUGAGGAGGCCCUAUUGCACCUCAAAGGUCAGAUGAUGUACAUGGAAGAGUGGAAGAGCAUGGUGUAUUUGGCAACACCUGUAAUGCGUGAUCUGGACACCAUGGUUCAAACGGGCCUCUACAUCAAUGACCUCAGUAUGCAUGAUUUUAGUCGAGACAUGGUACUAGCUGGCCAACAACAGUCCGCUGAACUGAAGCUAGCUCUCGACCAGGAGCUACAGAAGAGCAAACAACUGGAAGAUUCUAUGCGAAAGCUAGACAAUGAGAUGAGGCGCACCGAUGAGCUUCUUUAUCAAAUGAUUCCCAAGGUAGUUGCCGACCAGCUGCGAACAGGGGAAACAGCUGUUAACACUUGUCAGUACUUUGAUUCGGUAACCAUCCUGUUCAGCGACGUAGUCUCUUUUACGGAGAUCUGCAGCCGGAUCAGCCCCAUGCAAGUGGUGUCUAUGCUCAAUUCCAUGUACUCCCUCUUUGAUGAACUGACGGAGAAACAUUGUGUUUACAAGGUGGAGACCAUUGGAGAUGCAUACAUGGUGGUAUCUGGAGCACCUGAACCAGAACCCAAGCACUCUGAGAAAGUGUGUGAAAUGGCUCUUGAUAUGGUACAGCUGAUUGGUGAUCUCAAGGACCCCUCCACUGGAAACAGCUUGAGGAUCCGAGUUGGUGUGCAUUCUGGACAAGUAGUGGCAGGUGUAGUAGGGCUUAAGAUGCCCCGCUAUUGUCUCUUUGGAGAUUCUGUCAACACUGCUUCACGAAUGGAGAGCACCAGUGAGGCACUAAGGAUUCAUAUUAGCGAGAAGACCAAAGACUUGCUGGACGAGGCAAAGUGGAUCAUACAAGAACGAGGUACUGUCGACGUCAAGGGCAAGGGCUCCAUGAAGACAUAUUGGCUUCAAGGAAAGCGGCAUCAUAGAGGAAGAAUCUAUCCUACAACUUCGCAUAUCAAAAGGCCAUCAUCCACGACACAAUCCUUCUAUUCACCAGUGGCAUACGAGGAAGCCUACAAACCUUCACCCAACAAAGCUUGGACAAAGCAGACCCACUGCAAACAAUGCAGGCGUUCCCCUACAUGUUCUUUGCUCUGAUCACAUCACUUAUUGACAUACUUUAAAGACAAUCACUUAAGAGAUGCACUUUAUUUGUCUUAGUAAAGCCCUCGAGGUUCAUAAAUUGACACUGACAAUCUAACAUAAAUCCCAUAUAUUCAUGAGGAGUAGCAAAGUCUAACAGCAUCGCCAGCCACACUCACCAGGCAUUGACCCUGCAAAAGAACACAUCAAAAUAGCUGUGGCCAAAUUCAACUGCAUCAAAAAGCAUCACUGUAAAUGUACUAUAUUUAUUGAUCCACUUUUGCACAUACACACACAAUUUUUGUUGCUAUUGACACAAGUGCUAGUUACAAAGCAUGAAAUGGGCAGCCAACUAUGCUAGUAUAAAAUAAUAACAACUGUGGUUCUCUUUGAAAAGUCCUCAUGGCCAAGGAAAGUGGCACAAAAGUCGAUAAUAUAUGUAUGUGUAAAAUAUUUGGAGGGAAAGUACACUUGGUUUUAAAUUUGAAACACACCAGUGUACACAACGAUUAAAAACAGCAGUUUGACGUUUCGGAAUUAAUCCAAAUUCCAUAACCAGAAAUGACAAAAAUGGCAAACAAACAUUGCUAUAGAUACAGUAGGAUGAUGAUGGCAUUGGGAUGAAUUCCAAAACGUCAAACUGUCUGCUGUUUUUAAUUGUUGUCUACCCGGUGUUUGGACUAUAAUUAGGUACAUUUAGCGUAGACAAUUUGAAACAUAUUCCAGUAAUGAGAAAUGCAUUACCUUCCACUGUCUUGUCUCUGAUUUUGCUGCCCGUUUCUGAUUAAUUUCAAAGCUCGCCUUUUGUUGAAUCAUACAGUGCCUGCUGACAGUCUUGUCCAAAGUGUCGCAAUAAAACCAACAUGGCAUUAUUUUAACGGGCAACAGUAUCGUGUCAACAAUUUGUUCCUUGACAUGUUAGA